AAGAGGAGGUUUGGAUGCUGAUUAGAUGCUGAGGUUAGGAAGAGGGGUGUUGUCGUAACUAUGGAAACGAGAAUAAAUAAUAAUAAAAAGCCCGGCAGUGCGCAGCAGCAGGAAGGAGGCUGCUCGGUCCUUCUCCCUCGUCUCUCCUCUCCGUUACCACAGAGCGGAGACACGCCGAAAUUUGGAAGUGGACUCCUAGCAACUAAGAGCUUUUCGCGUGCUUAAGGCUGUCAUGAUCUAUCUGAAGGAUCAUUUUUUCCAUCCUUAUAAAAUACAAGAAGACGUCUCGGCACAACCUGUUUCCUUUCUGCUGGCCGCCGACUUCGCUUAGACUGAAAAAGAGGAGGUGGGGGAUUUGUGUAGCUGACUGGGCGACGGAUGUGCACCUGAGGAUACUGCAGACCCGAGACACAAAUCGACGGCGUUUAUUUUUCGUUUCUAGGAGGAGACUUGAGCGCCUUUUUUCUCGGGAUGGACGGGGUGAGCAGCAACAGGACGAUGUCUUACAGCAGAUGGAGUUAUUACGACAGUGCUCUUGAUGAAGAAGGAAGCAACCUCCGGCAACAAAAGCUUGAAAGGCAGCGAGCAUUGUUAGAACAGAAGCAAAAAAAGAAGAGACAGGAACCACUGAUGGUGCAGUCAAGUGUGGAUAGUCGAUCCCGAACCCGGAGAACAAAGCAAUCUGAAGAACAAGCUCCUCUUGUGGAGUCUUAUCUGAGCAGUAAUAACAGCACAAUAUAUCAUGUGCAGGAGGCUGACCAGAGUGAUGCCAAGCUGGUAUCUGAUACACAGGCGCCAAAACCAGCUAAAAAAGCAAAGGCAACUGCUUCUGUUCCCCAAAUGAGUAGUGCCAAAAAGGAGAAAAAGGGGAAACAAAAAGGAAUUGAUGGCCCAGCUGCCUUCCAAGACGAUGUUCAGGACUUAGGAGGCCAGGUACAAAUUCUAACAGUGGGACAAUCAAACACAGAUGGUGGGAAUAAUGGAGAGCCAGUUGGUAACAGCCAGGAACAGUCAAAGCAAGACCUUCGUGUUACAAUGCAAAAAAAAGGUAUUUCCAGCAGUAUGAACUUUGAUGAGGAGGAGGAUGAAGAAGAGGAAGAUAGCUCUAGCUCUUCCCAGCUGAACAGUAAUACUCGACCAGGUUCUGCUACAAGCAAAAAAUCAAACAAGGAGGUGGCAUCUGCAAACACACCACCUGCAAGUGAGCCAGUGGUAGAUGUGGAUGAUCUUGAAGAAUUUGCUCUUAGACCAGCACUUCAGGGAGUCACCAUUAAGUGCAGAAUCACUCGAGACAAGAAAGGGAUGGACCGUGGAAUGUAUCCCACUUACUACCUCCAUUUAGAAAGAGAAGAUGGAAAAAAGGUGUUUUUACUAGCAGGGAGAAAAAGGAAGAAGAGUAAGACCUCUAAUUACCUCAUCUCUAUAGACCCCACAGAUUUGUCUCGGGGAGGAGAGAGUUUCAUUGGGAAGCUCAGAUCAAAUCUUAUGGGGACAAAAUUUACUGUAUAUGACAAUGGUGUGAAUCCUGGCAAAUCAACAUCCAGUUUAGAAUCUAACAAUCUGCGCCAGGAGCUGGCAGCUAUCUGUUACGAGACAAAUGUUUUAGGAUUCAAAGGACCUCGUAAAAUGAGUGUUAUUAUACCAGGCAUGAACAUGGAUCAUGAAAGAGUUUCAAUUAGACCAAGAAAUGAACAUGAAUCACUGAUUGCAAGAUGGCAGAACAAAAACACAGAGAGUAUCAUUGAGCUUCACAACAAAACUCCAGUUUGGAACGAUGAUACCCAGUCCUACGUUCUCAAUUUCCAUGGAAGAGUGACUCAGGCAUCUGUCAAAAAUUUCCAGAUCAUCCAUGAUAAUGACCCUGAUUAUAUAGUAAUGCAGUUUGGUCGAGUGGCAGAAGAUGUUUUCACAAUGGACUACAAUUACCCAAUGUGUGCCCUUCAGGCCUUUGCCAUUGCCCUUUCCAGCUUUGACAGUAAAUUGGCCUGUGAAUAAGUACCACAAGCUUUUCAUCAAGCAAGUUUUAUUUACAUGAAUGAAGACGGCAGCCUCACUUUUUCAGAAAUCUGUUGCGACCUUACUUUCAAAGACUGUAAGGUAGAAAAAUGUGUCUAAAACAUGGCAACCUAGAGUCUAACAUGGAAAAGUGACGCAUUAAAAGCGGUUAUGAUUGGUAACAUUUAUACAGAAAAUGUGAGAGUUAAAGUCUGUUACGACAUUCCAUAAAUUCAAAGAUCGUUCUUUUAUUUUUUUAUUACAAUGUAUGUCGACAUUUUUCAUAUUCUUCAUAUUUGGUAAACUCUACUAAUGAAACGUAUUCUAACAUUUGGAAAUUAAUAUUAAGUUACUUCCCAGCGACCAGUGAUUUGCUAAAUAUUAUGAAAUUCAGAGUAACCGCUUUUCUUUCCGUGUUUAUGGGAUCAGAAACAUUCUAUUUUUAAAUGGAAACUAAAUUGAAAUUGAAAAAAUAAGAAAAAUCUUAAUUAUGGUGUGGACUGACAAUUAACCUCAUCUUAAUAAUGUUUUAAUAAAGAUUGUAUUUAUUUUUAUUUCAAAGAUGGAAUAGGAAGAGUUAAAACAUUACAUGCCUUUUAUCUUAAGCUCAGCGAUGCUAAUGUUAAGCCAUCACCACCGAGAACUGAUUCAUGUCUUGUCAUAUAUUUUAAAUGUGUCUACCUGGAAUAUUUUAUAGCUGAAUGCCUCUGGUCCUGUCCAAAACUGAGACCUAAAGAAUCGCAACAGUAGUAAAAAAACAGAGACUUUGUAUUAACAAUUUAGGAGGGUUUUAAAAGCAGCCAUCCUAAUCAAGCCAGGCAUUGUAAAUAGCUUGCUGAGCAGUACAUCUACCUUAGGCUUCCAUUCUCUCAAUAUGGGUCUUUUCUUAUCCAUGCCCAGGUAAUUGAGACUUACAUCCUAAAGAAGAGUCUGAAUACCUCUGGCAGUAGCCAACCGUUUAUAUACACAUUUACAAAAAUAAAAGCCCUGAUCAUGUUGUACCCUGACAACCCUUGGAAUUGAUCCACGGCUACAAAAUACAGAGUCACAAAAUCAUGAACCAUUUUUGGUAGCCUAGUUCACCCUCUUUUUUUAGCAGGUCCUAAUGUAGUCUUCAUGGCGUAAAAUAGCAGAGCUUCCUGGAGAUGUACCUGCUAAUGUACCAUGGAGUUGCUCAAGAUUAAAUGGGCACAAGUCUCCUUGCCUCCAAAUAGGAAAGCCAGUCUUUUUAUUCAAAGCUCCUGUAUCCUGAGAUUCCCUCUGACUACUCUCUGUAUUACCCAACUAUAUCGUACAGACCUGCAGGCCUUUCACAGUAGAUACCGCUGAUCCUUUUCUGGUCAGAGACGCAAACACAAAGGGAAGUGCAGUAUGCUUUCUGGUUGUUCUUUAUGUCCAGGCAACUGAAACCCUAGAGAUGUUACAGCAGGCGCCUGGUAAUCAAGCAGCUAACUGUAGUGUUAUGUUUGUCUGGCACCACCAGUUCACACUCUUUCAAAUGAUGACCUAAGGAGUCAGCCAGUAAUGAUGAGGACUUAGAAAAUAUCAGGAAGGUGCAGCAAAUUGCAUAUGAAAAUCAUGAGACUGUUGAUAGAAUUACAAUGCAAUUAUUAGACAAUUUCUGAAUGUUUGAUCAGUUUGGUCACCUGCUGUAACGGCUGUGGUGUUUACGACACUGACUUAACAAGAGGCGGCCAAGAAACAACCAGAUACUUGACACUGUAGAUAGUGCUGUUAUGCCAUCGUAUGUAACACACAUGGGCUGAUGCUACGUGGUGGCCACUCUGAGAAGUCACUUACUGAGUGUACCUCUGCAGUACGAGGGUGUUGUACCGUGUUAGCCAUUAUGAUUGUAGUGACAAGUCAAGCAAAAUGACACCUUUUAUUGGCCAACUAAAAAGAUUACAAUAUGCAAGCUUUCGAGGCAACUCAGGCACCUUCUUCAGGCAAGAUGUACCUCAUAAACAUCACGUCAGUUAAUUAACACAUAAAAAAGAUCAGUUUAGUACAAUGGAUCUUCAUUUUGUAAUAUUUACAUAUUGAAGCUACCUAAACCAAUUUAUUGCAACACUGUAUUGCUAUAUACAAGAAUAUCAUGGCAGUUAAGCGCUGUUUAGUUCACAGCAUGAUGGUCAGCGUGGAUGGAUUUAUAGUUUAAGAUUACAAUAUGUGUUGUUUUGUAAAGACAAAGAAGAAAUUUAUCAAACAACUGUAAAACAAUUUUGGAUCUUUUCUGAAUAUGUGCCAAUGAAGCUAAACAGUACCUCUGACAUGUUUGCAAUUAAGGUACACGCUAUGUAUUAUUGUAACUGCUGACUUAUAAAACAUUCCUCCUUGUCUGCUUUUCUCAUCGGCUGAUACUCACCACAUAACUGGACAAAGCAGAUCUGACAAUGUAAUUAUAAAGACUGAAAGAGACUGUAUUUUUAAUGAAAUGGACCAAGAAAAGAAACAUACAGUAGUCAAAAGUUACAAGUUCGUAAGCCAAAAGUCAGUCCGAUCUUUCACCAAGCCCAAAACUAAAUGCAUAAAUACAAGGACUAAAACUAAAACACAUGCAAGUUAUUUAGAGAUGUAUCCUCAGUGUCAGAUAGAGAUGCUCAGGAUGGUCAUUGCUGACCUUUUAUUCCAUCUCAUAACUGAAGUCACGUGGAGUACAUUUAUACUGCACAACAGAGUUCAAAAAUGAAAAACAAAGAUGGCAUCAGAAACAUUGCCCAAUUAUUUUAAUAAUAUGAAAUACAUCCAUCCAU